AAUCGAUUAAACGAAAGCCAUGGAUAUCAUCAACACACUUCUAAACAUUGUGGUUCCUCCCAUCGGCCUCACCUCGUUGCUCUUCUUUCUGCCACCAUAUCUGUUUUUCAAGUUUCUCCUCUCAACCAUAAAGCCGCUGUUUCGCGAAAACGUGGCCGGAAAAGUCGUACUCAUCGCCGGAGCAUCCUCCGGCAUAGGCGAGCAUCUGGCAUACGAGUACGCUAGAAGAGGAGCUUGUCUUGCUCUUGUUGCCAGAAGAGAACACCGACUCCAACACGUGGCGAGCAGAGCCAUGUCGAUUGGCUCCCCAGAUGUUCUCAUCAUCCCUGCAGAUGUUUCCAAGGUUGAAGAUUGUAACCGCUUUGUCGAUGUAACAGUGAAUCAUUUUGGGCGCUUGGAUCACCUAGUGAAUAAUGCUGGGAUUGCUCCUAUCUGCAUGUUUGAAGAAACUCCUGAUGUUAACAACUUAGCACCAGCUAUGGACAUAAACUUUUGGGGUUCAGUCUACAGCACCUACUUCGCAAUUCCUCACCUUAAACGGAGCCAAGGGAGGAUCGUAGGGGUCGCCUCCUCUGCUGGAUGGUUGCGUGUCCCACGACUAAGCAUGUAUAGUGCUAGCAAAACAGCAGUGAUAAGCUUUUAUGAGACAUUGAGGGUUGAAAUUGGGGAUGAAGUUGGAAUAACAAUUGUGACUCCAGGACUUAUCGAAUCAGAAAUGACUCAAGGCAAAUUCCUAAACAAGGAAGGCCGAUUGGUAUUAGAUCAAGAACUGAGAGAUGCUGAAGUAAGCUUAAUGCCUGUACUGCCUGUCAAAGAAGCUGCCGAAGCAAUUGUGGACGGCGCCUGCCAAGGAGAAAAUUACUUGACAGUACCAGCUUGGGUUAAGCAGUCAUUUUACUGGAAGGUGUUUUCACCUGAGAUACUGGAGUGGGGUAAUCGUAUCCUGCUAAUGAGCAGAUCAGGAGAUGAGAGGGAUACACUAAGCAAGAAGAUCCUGGACAUUUCUGGUUUGAAGGAUUUGGUGUAUCCAGACACAAUUCGAUCUCCUUGGAUUAGAGAACACUGAUGAUGAA